CUUAACCCAAUGUAACUUCAAGAAGUCCAUAAGAAUUUGGAAGUGGAUUACACCCUUCUCUUGAGCCAUAUGAUACGGUGUACAUAAUAGGUCAUCGCAAAUAAUCAUGGCAGAACAGCCAAAGACAACCACGCUGUACGCCCGCGCAAGCGAGACAGCUAAAUUCCUACAAAACUCGUUGCCUGACAAACUCUGUUCUCCAAAGGUAGCGAUCGUGUGCGGCUCAGGAUUGGGAGGCCUUGCAAACGCGAUCAACCCAGGCUUACGGGUGGAAACUCCGUACGCGAGUAUUCCGAACUGGGCUGUGAGUACCGUGCAGGGUCAUGAAGGGAAGUUAGUCUUUGGGACAGUCGGGCCUCAGCAGACUCCUGUGGUUCUGUUGGUCGGAAGGGCGCACUUCUACGAAGGACAUAGUAUGGAAACCUGCACAUUCGCCAUACGCGUCUGCAAGCUUUUGGGUGUCGAGACAGUCGUCGUCACCAAUGCGGCGGGUGGCCUGAAUCCUGAGUACUCUGUCGGGGACAUAGUGCUACUCAAUGACCACCUCAACAUCCCAGGAAUGGUGGGCUGGAACCCGCUCCGUGGUCCGAACCACGAUGAGUUUGGAGUACGUUUCCCGCCACUGUCUGAUGCCUACGAUUUAGAGCUAAGGCGCCGGGCGCACAACGCCUGGACGAAACUUGGACUUGACAAGACAGCACGACGCAUGCAUGAAGGCGUAUACGCGUUUCUUGCUGGGCCGACGUACGAAACAAGAGCAGAAUGCCGAAUGUUAAGGUUUUUGGGGGCGGAUGUUGUAGGAAUGAGCACGGUGCCGGAGAUCGUGGUUGCGCGGCACUCGGGGUUAAGGGUUCUGGCGUUCAGUCUGGUGACCAACAAUGCAGUGUUGGAGCCUGGUCCACGGGGUGACGCGCCAGAGAUUCAAAUCAUGUCUCAGGAACAAUUGACAGAGCACUUGAGCCAUGGACGUGCGAAUCAUGAGGAAGUACUAGAGGCUGGAAGGUUAGCCGCACAAGAUAUGCAGGCCUUGGUUAAGCAGAUACUCGAGGAGCUGUAUGUCUAGGGAAUGAUAGACUCCAGCAUCUAAGCUUGAGCCGGCUUUGUAUGCAGCUCGAUGCGAUUAGACAAAGGCCGGCCCAAUGGGCUUAAUAAAACAUACACACCCGUAGCUUGGCUUCAUCUCCG